UGCUUGCAAACAUUGCUCUAAGGCCUUCGUUCAAAUGGCCAGUCUGAAAUGUCAUAUGCGGCUGCACCACGAAAACUCUUAGAAUUGACAGGAAGAAAAGGUGUUGUCAAGAAAAGGGAACGUAUUUGUAAAGAAGACUAUGUUCCCACGAAAUCUAGAGCCACUAUCAAAGAGGAAGGCCCCGGCGAUCCGGACGACCGGACCAAAAUAAUGAGGCAAAACGUCAUUCAAGUACUGAAGAAUUCAACCGUGAUGCCGUUCAGAUGGCUUAAGAGUUCCUACCGCUGUUUCUACUGUUACGAGGUCUUCGAAGAGCCGAAAGACUUAAAAAAUCAUCAAGAAGUUCACGCUACCGACGACGACAAACUUAAAUGCAUGGAAAACUACUGGGAAACCACAGUUCACGUGGACGUCUCCAGUAUAUCCUGCAAACUGUGUCCAAAAACUAUGAGCGAUUUCUUCGAAUUGAUCGACCAUUUGAUAACAGUCCACGAAAUAUCUUUCAAUAAGGAUAUUGGGAGUUGCAUGAGUCCGUACAAACUGAAUAACAUUUCAGUGCAAUGCGCGUUUUGUAGUCAGGAUUACCGGACCUUUGGCCAUUUGUUGCUGCACAUGAAUAAUGAGCAUAAAGGCUUCUCCCAGCUACUAUGCGACGUGUGCGGUCGGCAUUGUAGAAACAAAAAUCACUUGAGAGAGCAUAAGAAAGAGCACAUCAACAGAUCCGUCACAUGUUCUAUUUGUGGAGAGACGUUGAGCAGCUACCACAAACUCAGACCCCAUAUGCAGAACGUCCAUGAUAAGAAAUACAAGUGCGCAGCAUGUCCUGAGCUAUUUGAGACACAUUAUAAAAGAUCCUUACACAUGAUGACGGUUCACAAGAGUCGGGAAGAGAUCAAGUGCCAGUUCUGUCCGAAAACAUUCGUUUUUAGGAGCACGAUGAUGACGCAUCUGAGGAUAACGCAUUUGCAAGAAAAGAAUACGAUUUGCGGAGUGUGUGGAUGGAGGACUGUAGGAAAAAGUAAAUUAAAGAGACACAUGUCGAAGCAUAGCAACGAGAAGAAUUUCAAGUGUGCGGUUUGCGAAAAAGCGUUCAAAACAAAGAAGAAUAUGGUGCUCCACCACAGAAAUGUUCAUGAGAAGGAGAUGCAAAUGCCUCACGGAUUUGGCAGUCUUCCGCCAGAGAUUCGGCCGCCAAUUGUCUAAGAAGCGCUUGUGUAAUAAGCAAUGAAUUUCAUCAAUCUAAUGAAGCUAAUUACUUGUUACUACCAUGACGAGAACCCAACGGUGAAGGUGUCAGACUGGCCGACUCGAAAUCCGAGAAACGCGGAUUCGAUCCCCACCACUGCUGGACUAUAGUGGUGAUGUGGUGAACCCCCUCGUAACACAUACAUUAAGUACAUUAUUUCUGCAUCUCACUUAACACCAGGUGCGAUUGCUGUCAAAUACCUACCUUGUCUUGCAUAAAAAAAAGUACGUGGUGUUAUCGGGACUAUUAGUCAUUUGUGCAAUACAAAUUACUAAUAUUCUUUACGUGGCAGGCAACUUAGCAGAUAUUAAGCAAUACAUCUGAGCUUAGCAAUGUACCUAUAGUCCCUAAGAGCCAAAUCACACGAGACAGGCGUCGUCUUACAUAGAAAUAUCUGUAACGGGCACACUAGAGGUGAGAUAUGGCGAAAUCGUGUGCUUUGGCUCUAACCUAAUCAAACCCAUCUCAAGAUUUGCUAAAAAUGAUGUCUGAAGUUAAAUUAAUUAGCAAAAUACUCAUAAUAAUUAAAUGAUAGUGCAAAUUGUUGCCUCUCGUGAUGCCGUUAAGGUUCAACUGAGUUUCCGUCUAAAAAUAGGAUAAUAACCGAAAAGUAUUAAUUUUUGUAUGUUAGUAGAACAUAUUAUAAUUCAGCCUACAAAGCACAAAUUAUUAUAUUUUAGUGCUGAGAAUAAAUAAUAGUGUAGUACAUAAUGUAAGAAGUUAAUAUCUACAGUUAAAUUAAUAAAUGUAUGUCAAUCCACAGAUCGUUGUGAAAAUCCUUAGUGGUUGAAUCGCUACUGCUAUACCUACGUCAUUUGGUUGAAAUAGAACAGAAAAAGUCAUGCGAUUGGUGUAAAUAUUGUAAUAAUCAAUCGCAGGUUUCAAUCCAUUAAUUUAUUUAUCAAGUUUUAGGUUUUAUUUAUAUGAGGUCCGUAUUACAAUUUUAUCAACGCUAGAAACUCGAUUCAAUCUCACUCAUAUACCUACCUACUUAGAUUAUCGCCCGUAUUCACAAACAACGCUUGCUUAGUUGAAGCAGCAAAUCGAACGCACAGCGUUGAAUAGAGCUCUGUGAUUGGUUCUUGUGUCACCUUGUGCGUCCACGCGCACUGUGAGACCUCGGCGGCGGAGGCGUUAAUCCUGUGAUUAGUCUAAAUAUUAAAAUGUUAUAAAUAAGUUAAUAUUAGUAGGUACUAUCUCUUAGUUAUCUCCAAUACAAUUAAACUCUUAAUUAAAUAAGGCUAUUAAAAUAAUAAAAUUGUAAUUACAUAAAUA